CUGUAUAUAUUUAUCCCUCAGAAGGUGGCUAGGUGUCCUUCCACCCUGAGGCGAAAAAAAAAAACCCAAGGAAAGAGACGGCCGCUAAACGCGCAUGCGCCGCCCCCCCAUCUCUCUCUGGAAUCCAGCCCGGCAGGUAUUGCCCUCCCGCGCGCAAACUGUGCGCACGCGCGUUCACGGGCCACGGCCGCUCCUGCCACGAGCAGGUGCUUUUCCUCUUCCUCUUCCUCCUGCCGGAGCGGCAGGUUGCGCACGCGCGCUGGAGGUGCAGGUGCGCCGGGGCUUUCCCUCCUCCUGGCUUCCCCCCCCCUCCUUCCCGCGCGCUCGUGCGCAUGCGUCGUCUUUCGUGCCUCGCUCUUUUUCUCUCGCUCCGCUCCCCUCCCUCCUCCUCCUCCCUUCCGCGGAGCUGCAGGUGCCAGGAGGAGGCUGCUGGGCGGCGGCGGCGGCCCCUCCCCCUCUCCUUCCUCCUCCCCCUCCCUUCCCCUCCCCUCGGCUUCGCGAGGUCGGUCUGGCGGCGGCCGUUCCUCCUCAGACGGGAGGCGGCAGGUUGAGGCUGAGAGGGGCGGCGGCGGUCGUCGUGGUGGUGGUGGUGCUCCGGGCUUCCCUCAGACUCGCUCCCUUCGCGCCGCCGAGCGGACCAGCGUCUGGCUGACGGGCUGGCUGACAGACUCGCCCGCGGCAUGAACCGGGGCCAACGCGGAGGCGGCGGAGCGGGGAGCCGCGGCGGCCUCGGCACCAUGGAAGUGAAGAGCAAGGUGGGUGGCGUCCCCACACCGGCCCCCGCCUCGGCUUUGGGGAGGGGUACUCGGGUUUGUGACGUCUCGCUGAGGUGGGUGGGUGGGUGCGGGUGCUCUUUCGGGGUCUCUGUGGGUGUUUUUGUUUUUUUGGGGGAGUGGUUACCAAGGAAGCGGGUGGCCGCGUUUAAUUCCGCAGCCCAGAACCUCAGCGCGCAGCAGUGUUUCUGAGCACGUACAAAGGGCAUUCUCUUCAGGGCUCACCAAUCCCCGGCCCACAGUCCGUACCAGGCACCUGAAACCGGGUGUGGGAAGGUGCUCUCGUCCUGGGUAGUGGCCGCAGCUAGCAGGCAGUCUGAACCCCCACAGUUGCUUUUUUUUCUUUUAAGAUUGUAUGUGGGGGAAAGGCACGGUGGUCAUGCUGAGAAGAAAACGAUGUACUGUACAUAUUCUGCUGCCUCGCUUGCAGUGAUGGCGGGAGAGAGCGUCAGCACGAUUUAUUAUUAUUAUUUUGGCGGGGGAACAGCUAAGUGCUUCAUCUUUCAUCUCUGGCCCCAAUAGUGUGCCAGGUGACAUUUAUUUGGGGUGACUAAAGUCAAGGUGGUAAUUUCGCUCAUGGAAUAAUGUGUAAUUAGGGCGAGUUGUUACCAAAAAUGCGCUUGAGGAGCCACUUGCAGAUGACUUAUUUUCCAAGAGUAACCUAUUAAGAAUGCGGCUGUGCUUACCUUUGAAGAGCCCUUUCAAAACACUAGCUUUUCCCCCCUUCCCCCAUCCCAUCUGGGAUAGCUCAGUGUGAGACUUAAUCUUAGGGUCGUGGGAUUGAGCCCCAGGUUGGGCAAAAGGCUCCUGCAUGGCAGGGGGUUGGACUAGAUGACCCUUGGGAUUCCUUCCAACUCUACAAUUCAUUGAUAUUUUCAGGGUGUGAGCAUGUGUAUAGUGGUAGGUAGUUCUAAUCUGAGAGUGAUUACAGAAUCAGGGGGUGAAGGUUAUCCAUGAUUAGCAUGAAUGAAUAAUAAGGUGUGAUUUUGUGUAGGCAUUACUGGUUUGUCUUGGCUUUGCCAGUCACCACCACCCCUCAAAGUCUCAGCACUUUUAUUCCUUUUUCUCCUUGUGUUGAUGACACUUCCUUUUACCCAAACACAAGGAUCCCAUAUGGCCUGGGCAUUUGUGCUUCUGCCAGUGCUUGAUGAAUGAGCUUGUUAAACCAUUGAGAGAGUAUUGCUCUGUGUUUUAAUGUGGUCUGAAAAAGUGGUCUUGGGAUUGGUUUCUAUGAAGUAUUAUGGGGACUGCUAAGUAUCCAUUCUCGGACAUAGUUUGAGUGUCAUGACCAUAAAAGUUCUACAAUGUGCAACACAAUUGUUAGUUAUACACUAUUCUGUUUGCAUAGAAAAAAAUGUUUUUCUCCAAUAUCUAGAAUCUCUUAAUGACUGUGUAAACAGUUGUUUUUUUUGUGUUGUGCAUUUCUAACCUGAUUGCAAGUCAGAAUGGCAUUUUUAAAGCACUUGCUGCCAAUCUCUUCUGGAGAAGGGGGUACAGAGAAUGCCAUUUUGAGCAAAUGAAACAGCCUUUUGUUUCCUGCAGCCCCUGAAUUGUUCAGCCAUGUUAGUUCAGCUGUAACUUUGGCACUGAUCACCAGGGUAGCAUGAGGACUUCACAAAUUGUGCACACCUUCCUGGUACAAACAGAGUAGCUAUUUGGAUUUAAAAAGAGGCUAAAGAGACCCACAAAUUUUACUGGGGAUAAUUUUGGGGCAUCAUAGGCUGUUUUAGGCCUUUGGAAUGUUCAGAGUGCCUGCAAUUUAGCUGGUUGUGUUCAUACAAAAUACUUACCCUGGAGUGUUUUCAGAACCUCCUUAUGUUAGUGAACACACCCUGGUAUACUUUGUUGAGGAUUAAAGUGUUCUUUCAUUAUUUGUAUGGUCAUGCCACAAAUUAAACUGGUGAGCCAUCCCAACACCACAGCCUCUGAGUAACAGGAUAUGUCUUACUAUAGACUGUGGCUGUAAUGAAGCGUUUUAUCACUCAUUUCGUGUUUAUUCCUAAUUACAAGUGAACAUCCAUGUACUACUUUGGUCUCGCGGCUAUUUCCACAUAUACUUAUGUGGAAAACAGUACUUCUGAUGGCUAGUUUGCUCCUGGUGGCAUCCAUCUGUCUCAGGAGACAAUGAAGGAGUAUUUCUUUGGGGGUGCAAAUUGCUAUGCUUUAUAUUUAAAAUUACAUUUUAAUGAGGGGGGAAAUUAUAUGUUUGAAGAGGAGAGCUUCUUUCUUUCUUAUGCAAAGUGAGACUUUAAAACAUAUUACUCAUAAUGGAGUUUUUUUAGAUUUAAUGUGAAAUAAACACUGUAUUAUUCUUGCUCUUUCCCCUUGUUUGUUUGUUUGUUUGUUUGUUUAACAAGAUCUCUACUUGGCAUUCCUGUCUAUUUACUAAAGCACUAAGUCCAUCCGCACUCCAGCUUGUUCCUAAGUUGACCUAUGGGGUAAUUUAGUAUUCAUCAUCACAAGCCACCUAGAAAAAUUCUAUACUAGGUAGCUAAGAUCACACCCUUGAAUUCCACGUGGACAUAAAAUACCUACCAUUCCACAUUCUGUACUCAGUCACUUGUGUAAAUGAGAGCUGUCUUUCACUUAUAUAUAAUGAGAAGCCCCACUCUUUUCAGUCACUUUGAUUGUGAACACAACUGGGUAAUUAAGCAGUGUUAAGGGGUAACUAAUCUGUUGAGGGCCCUAAAAUCUAUAUCCUCAUACAAUCUGUAGUGAAGCGUGGUGCAAUUAGACAGGGAAAAUUCCUUACCAAAAUAGAGAGUAAAAUUUUGGGAAGUGUAAUCCUACAGUUCACUGGCAGCAUAUGAUGGUGGUUUGGGGAAAUCCACUGGCAGAGCAGCUACCACAUCUCUUUAUCAUCGUUCCUCCCCUUUUAGUCAGUGGAGGGAAUUAGCUAUGUGUAAAGACCCACCUUUGUAAUAGAAAUGAAGGAUCUUUGGACUUUGCAUCUCACUGCCUUCCUCCAACAUGCCCCAGUUCCCCUCACUCCACCAGCAGAAGAUCUGUUGGGAAGGAUGUAGUUGGCUAGUGUGCUAUGGGACUUCCAGAGGCAUAACCAGUGUCCUUACAGACACUCCUCAGCUGGCUUCUGGCUGGAUUGUAAGGCUUGUUCCCUUAAAUAACUUUGAAUAUUUAAAAUGAUUUUUAAAAUAGCUUUUUAAAAUCACUUAAGCACCAUGGGAUUAAUCCCUCACAUCUGCUGUACAUGCACUUACACAUUACAUACAUACACACACUUAACAAUUACAUAGGUCAGGUUCUUGAAUUACCUUUGGCAAGUUUAAGCAUAGUGCUGAAGGUAAAACUAGUUUUACAGUAUCUGGAAAGGCCCUAACCCAUCUUCUCAAGUUGUUAUGUUUCUCAUGUUAAAGUAAAAAUGUUAUUUCUUUCUCUGGGCAAUUAGAAUUGUACUUUCUCCCUCAAUAUUUUACUGGCUUCAGUUAGUUCUUUUGUUGGAUCUGGGUUGUGUGUAGUUAAUUUUUUGGUACUACAUGUCAAUCUUUUGGAGAAUCACAGUAAUAUUGUAUUGUAACAGAGUGUAGGUUUCCUUAAAUUUUAAAAUUGCGAGGAAGUAGAAUGCAAAUAGAAAAGACAAUAUUACCUGGCACCAUAAAUCUAUUACCUUUGUAAGGGAAGUUACUCCUACAGUGUUUGGUUUUUUUUAAUUACUUCAUGUGGCACAGGUGUAAUAAAACAAAAUGACUCAUCUGUUCUGCCUUGCUGCCAGCUAUUAUAGGCUUUAUAGAAUAUACAGAGAACAAAACUAUUUGAUUACUGUAAUUCCUUAAAUUUAAAUGUCUCUAGGCCAAGGUGCAGUGUUUGUGCCUUAUUUUUAAAUUAUCUCCAUCUGGUGUGUGGACAACAUUUGGAUGACUAUAGUGCUAGAGAGCAAGGGGCAAUGUGUUUUUGCUUGUAGUGGCCAAAAUAGUCCCAAUUAAGCAGCAAUAUAUUGCUUUUAGAAGAUCUAAAUGAAGGCAAAAUGGAAUAUAAACAAGUACUGUAGUUGGUAGGUACAUGUUCAAUGCCAAUAGCUUCAUGAGACUUAUUUUAUGUUUCUUUGUCCAUUUCCUCAAUAAGCUAUAGUUAUUUUCCAAAAUGGAUUGUACAAGUUCAGUCUUAAAUUCGUACUACUGUUUUAGCAAUUUGAAAUCUGCACUUAUCCUAGGGUUUGUAUACCAACAAAGUUUCAAUUUGAAUCACUCCUAAUUUCUACCAAGUAUUUGUGUUCUUUAAAAAGUGUAUCAUUUUAAAUUGCCCCCUUAAGCAAAUAUUCAUACUUGAUUCCUGAGCUCCCAAGUUGCUACUUUUUGUUGUGGUGGUGGUUAUUUAACUACCGUGCACUUGCUACAAAGAAGGCUCUAAGUGACUUUUGAAAAGGUUGAGUUGGAAAGUGUAAUACAAAACCCAAGAAAUUAUACAUUUGAAUAAAACCAGUUCAGCAAUCCAUAAACCCAGCAGCAAUAACAAAAACUUAAACAGACCCAGCAGGGGAACAGGGGGGAACCCAGCCGAAAACAUACAAACAAAAUUCAAGUAAGCAAUUGGCUGGCUUGUCAUAAAAUGCCUGGGAGAAGAGAAGUUUUAACCUGGCACCUAGAAUAUGCUAAUGACAGCAUCCAGAGUGUUCAACAGAGUCUGAUUUGAUUUAAUAUUUGUAUUCCACUUUUCCAACAACAAAUGUUGAGCUUAAAGUGGCUCAUAAUAAUUGCAAUACAGUAGCCUCCCUCUGAACCUCACUCAGGAGGAGCAUCUGUGGGAGGGCCUCAGGUGACAACUGAAAGGGCCAGGUAGCUUCAUAGCAUGAGAGGAACAACAAAAGAUAAUGGUAAUAUGAGUUGCAUUAGGUUCUAUGAUGAUGCCAAUCUGUGUUUAAGCUUAAAAGAGUUGAGAAAGAGAUAUCUGAACUUAAGCAUGUUGAUAUAAGAAUUUUAAUAUCUGUCAGCUUACUUUAACAAGCAGCAAUGAUUGAAAAAUCCUGUUGAGCACAGGUCAGCCCUUUUAGCUUUGUUAGGAUAGUUUUAAUCCCAUGUCUGCUUGAAUGUCAACUUUUAAAAAUUCCCUAGCAUGAUUUAUAGGUGUAUGCCAUUCUUGUUGGUUUAAUCAUUGCUAAUUUCUAUCAUCCGUUUAUCUUUUUGUGGCUAAGUUUUGCUUUCUUUGGCUAUUUUGAUUUUAAAGACUGACUGAUACUACUGCCUUGGCUUACUUUUAAACUUGGGUGGACAUGGUUUAUAGAAUUGAACCCAGUUUUUCAGACUAUUUUCAGCUACUGCUUUUGCACAGGCAGAGUGAGGUGUGUGGAAAAGUUGAUACAUCUUACUGUGCUCACAACUGAAAUAGGUAGCCAACAGUGUUACUACUAAGUAGUUGUCUUAUAUUUAUAAUCAUCUCUUCCCCUAUAAGUGGUUAGGUUCACAGUUAAAUUAAUGGAAUAGAUUGAAUGCUUGUUUGUUUGCCGAAUUACUUUGCAAUGGUACCUUGGUUCUCAAAUGAAAUUCAUUCCGGAAGCCCGUUCAGCUUCUGAAAUGUUCAAAAACUGAGGCACGGCUUCCCAUUGGUUGCAAUAGUUUUUUGCCCUCAGCAGAAGCCACGUCGCACAUUUGGGUUCUGAAAAACGUUCAAAAAUGGAAGCAUUUACCUCUGGGUUUUCACCGUUCGAGAAUCGAAACAUACAACAACAGAGGUGUUCGGGAACCGAGGUUCCACUUCAUUAGAAUGUGUGCAUCAAACAGAAGGUCUGCUUUCUCACUACAUGUGUUGCACUUUGUUGAAUAAUUUGCAUAAUCUUUAGAGCUAGGAAACUUCUAGAAGGACGAAGGCUAUCAUUUUGGCAUUCCUUUCAGUUAGCAUGGAUUUUAAGGCAUGUGGUGAGUAAGCAAUACUGCAGUGGAACAUUUUGCUGUAGAACUGAGUAUGAAAAUUGCAGCUGCAAUGGGACUAGGAAUGGCCUAGGGGUGAUUGUGCCUUGUGAAUUUGUGUGUUUUAAUUGGAGGAAUGUUUGUAAUGGUGAGAAUGGCAGGUAGUUUGACAUUUAAUAGAGUUUGGACAAACAGGCAAUUAUUGCAUGGGGUGGGGGAGCUUCAGUAGUGGAUUGCUGGGACCUUCAGAAGAGUAGGCAGGUGGUGAUACCAGUGAAAGGGUUUUGGCAGGCAGUGAACAGUGGCUAGUGGAAAGAGCAAUUAAAUGGUAUGGAUAAUUCUAAUAUAGGGCAAGUGGAUACUUGGGUCCUCAGUGGAGCACCAGUCCAGACAAGUGGGGUGAAGUUGGCGCGUCAUGUUGUCCAUAGAGAUUUAGACCUUCUCUCCAAUAGGCUCAUCAACUCUGUGGCUUGGUUUUAGGGUUUGUACCUUGUGUUGGUCCAAAGAUGUACUCCAUACUCUUCUGCUCAUCAUCCACCCUAAUUGAGAAGGUAGAGGUCACCUCAGAGUUGGCGUUCAGAAAUUGUAGCUGGUGAAGGAUGCAGAGGCCAAGGUGCUGGAUGGCACUACUGGCUGUGGACAGAAAUGCGCUGGUUGCUAGUAUGCUUCAGAGCCCAAUCCAAGGUACUUACAUUGACAUAGAAACCCCUAGACAACUUAGGCUCCAAAUAUCUGAAGGGGAGUCUCCUCUGAUAUAUAAGCCUAUCCAAGUAUUAGGAUCUGUAAGGGAGGCCAUGCUGGUAGUUCUACCAUCAUAUAAAGUUGGUCGGGCAGCAGUGCAUAAGGGCCUUUUUGUGGUGGCCCUCAGAUCAUGGAAUUCUUGAGGUGUGUCUGGCCUUGUCACGCUAUACACUUGAUGUUGGGUUGCUGUAUACACUUGAUGUUGGAUUAAAGUGCACCUUUCUGCACAGGCCUUUGUGGGUGGAAGACAUUACACAAUUGAGCUGAGAACGCAUGGUGAAGGGCAAGCAAGUAAUGCCAAAUAACAUAUAAAGAGAUAGGUGCUGGAGUGUAAAAUUGCCUGAAUGAAAGCCACACCUUGUAACCUGGAAGUUCUGCCCACUAAUCCUAUACAUAUUGGGACAUGCGGUGGUUACUUAGUGAUGAAAGACAAUAUUCUGCACCUACUCAGAUACUGUUAGUUAUGUCACAUGAUUAAGAGUUGAGCUCUAGCACUGAAAACAAGUUUCUGAGCAAAGCUCUUCACAAAUUCUGUCAGAAGCCUGGGUAACCUUGCAGGCAGGGAGGUGGGUGUCUGACAGGAGUUGACUAGGAGGAAUGGACUCUGUUAAUUUGAUGGGUGUCAUGCGCUCCGAACAUUGUCAGAGAUGCAUUAUGUCUGCAAGUACUAAGCCAUGGUUGCAGUUGUGGGCAAUACUUGGAUUUAUUUUAUUUUUUGUUUUCAUAAUGAAAACAAUUUUACAAAUAAAACAACAAGCAAUUCUCAUAAGUAACAUACCGUAUUUUUCCGUGUAUAAGACUAGGUUUUGUUUUUUACCCAAAAAUGAGGUUUAAAAUUGGGGCUUGUCUUACACACGGGUAGUGCUGAGGGGUGUUUCCUUAAUUUGGAGCCCCCCAAAAUAGGAGACAUCAUAUACAUGGGGGCAUCUUAUACACUGAAAAAUAUGGUAAUUAUCUGUCUUCAGUUAUAUAGGUUGUGUAUGGACCAGUUACUUAGAUCUGUUUUUAAUAGCUGUCCUUUUGGAAUGAAUGUUUGCACUUGGUGAAUGGGGGAUUGUUUUCAUGAAAUGAUAUGAAAGUUGUGUUGGGUGACUUAUGGGUUUCUUGUGUUAACACUUGUAUUUCCCAUGGGAUGAUUAUUAGCUUUCCAUGGAAAGAGGAAUCCAUGCACUUUGCAGCACUUGGCUGUCACUGGCAGUGCCUUAAGUAUAUGCUUCUGUGCAUGUUCCCCACACAACUCAUUUGAUGGCUUCUGGAGAAGAGGCAACAGCACAUUCUCUUGGAUUUCCUCCAUAAUACAGUGAGGCAGAAAACUGUUUUGAUUCAUGUUAGAAUUUGUAUUUGAAGUGGAACUCCAUUGGUUAGAUUUAGAUUGUAGCAUUCAUCCAUUGGAUCUCCCUUUCACAAGAACCCUUUAGCUUUCUAAGAGCUGGUAACUUGUGAAAAUUCAUCCAAAUAACUUCUUAGAUGAAUGGGAACUUUAACUUUAUUCUCCUCAAUUCUAGUUCAACACUGUUCAUGACACCACGUUACAACUUGGUGUUAAAUUUAAGUAGACUUUGUGUAUAUGUGAACAUUUCCUAUUACUGUAUCAACUUCAUUGUUGUUUGUUUGUUUUUGUAGUUUGGUGCAGAAUUCCGGCGCUUUUCUUUGGAAAGGUCCAAGCCUGGAAAAUUUGAGGAAUUCUAUGGAUUACUGCAGCAUGUUCACAAAAUACCCAACAUUGAUGUCUUAGUUGGAUAUAUAGACAUUCAUGGAGAUCUCUUGCCUAUCAACAAUGAUGACAAUUAUCAUAAAGCAGUUUCUACAGCUAAUCCUUUGCUUAGAAUUUUUAUUCAAAGAAAAGGUAAGCAUAUAUUUCAUCAUACAUCCUUCAAUGAGCUAAAUUUCUUUGUGUCUUUUUCCUGAUCAUUGCUCAAACUGCAUUGCUCUCUACUGGCUUGGAAGAAAAUGCAUCAUUAUAUGUAUUCACUCUGAUGCAUUGUUUGAUACCUGUUGAUUUAUUGAGAAAGAAUAUUGCACAGUUGUGCAGUGUAUGGUGGGAUUUCAUCCUGCUGCAUUUCCUUUGCUAUGCAUAGAGAGAAGUUGGGGGAGGGGAGCAUAGAACCAUUUAGAGAGGCAGCCAUAUUCAUCUAAUAGUUAAUUUUUUUUGAAAUUCAACCUUGAUUAAUACCCAAGAUCAUGCCUUUUAACCUUGCUACAAAUCUUGCCUUCCCUACUGAAAACUUUGUUGCCUAGCUUAUCAUGAAGAGAUAUAGAAUCUGUUGGUACUGAAAGAGAGAUUCUUUAAUAAAAUCACAAGCACCACUUACCCCCAAAAGCACAUCAUUGAUAGAUAAGCAAAGAAAAAAUGUAGCUUUACUCUGAACUCCUUACAAAUUAUGUAUUAGGUUUUUCUCACGUUGAUGAAAAACAAACAAAAUAUUCAGCAGUUUUUAUGUAUAAUAAGGGCUCUAAGUCACUGUAUUGUACCCUGGAAUCUGAAUAGCUUGGGAACACCCAGGCAGUGUGAUUCCUGGAGUUUCCAGUAAAAAACAAAGGCUCUAUUCUGGUUUGGAGAGAAGAUGGGAAAUGGUCACAGCCUCCCUAAUACUGACGCAAGUCAUAUUUGCUGUAAGUAGAAGAGCAAAUAGUUAUAUGUAACUGUUUAAAUAGAAUGCCUUAAAAUAUGUAAAAUGGCACAUUCCAGCUACCUUUUUCUAAUCCCUUAUAUUUUGUAAUAUUCAUCAAAAAGAUAGAAGCUGAAUCUGGAAUAGAAGUAGAUGGACUGGUGAGGUCAUAUUCAGCAGUUCUGCUUAAUCUCUUUCAGUAGCCAUAUGACUAGAGCAGAUAAGCUACUUUGUUGGGCUGGGAUUAUUACUUAACAUUUUAGCACCAUAUGUGUGUGUUUAUAUGAGUUAUUCACUUAACUCACUUUACAUGAGUUAUUCACUUAUUUCUAAACUGCUUAAUAUUUUAAACAUCUCCAAGUAGUGUACAGUUUGGAAAGCAAUGUAUCAUUAAAAUAGUAAAAUGAAAGCUGAAUAGUGGAUAGACAGGUGUUCUGUGUCCCAAGUUGUCAUCUUCGUGAAGUGGGAAGAUGACUUGCUCUGGAGGGGUGGUAUUCCCCAGGAGGGAGCAGGUCUGGAGGCUUGGGUGGCCAUGGUGGCUAGGAGUGCCACCAAGCUCAUAUCACCCUGUUCCAUACUUCAGUGGUUUUUAAAGCUCUAGAAUCCUUCAAAAGAUCUAUUCAGAAUUACAAUUCUCAUUUAUUCAGCAUACAAUGCUAGCUUCUGUCAACAGUUCAUUAGCAACUGUAUGAAUGCUGUUACCAGUGCUCCAGCCUUACAUUCUACAUUUGUAACUUAAUAUUUCCAGCUCUGGCUUGUUUGCUAGCUACACCCCUGUUUGGACAGAAACUACUUAGCUCAUAAUACUCCAUGCUCUCAUAACUUCCAGAUUUGAUUAUUGCAAUGCACUCUGUGGGGCUACCCUUGAAGAUUACUCAGAAACUUGUUUGGUCCAAAAUGCUGUGGCCAGAUUACUGGUUGGAGUUCCAUUUAGAUCUUUCAUAACCCCUGUUUUUAAACAGUUGCAUUAGUUGCCAGUUCAUUUUAACAUCCAAUUCAUGGUGCUCAUGUUAGUGUUUAAAUCUGUAGGAACAGCUAUUUCUUUUCUUUCUAUGGUUCCAGAGAGAGUGAAGUCCUCACUUGACCUGGACAGGGCUUUCCAAAAUGUUCAUGUUGGCAACACACUUUUUAGACAUGCAUCAUUUCGCGACACAGUAGUUUAGUUUUGCUAGCAAACCGGAGGUUAAACUAACCCCUUUCCAGCCCUGGGAGGAGCGUGGGGAGCAUUUGCGUGACACACCUACACAUUGCAGCCGACACACUAACGUGGCGACACACAGUUUGGAAGGCUCUGACUUAGGGUAUAUGCAAUUAAUAUAUUCCAGAAUUUGAUAACUGGCAUACCGGUUCAUACAGGCAACGACCCGAUUUAUGUGCGUCCAAUUGACACUUGUAUCACGGUGACCCAGAAGUGGCCGGAAAAGUGGGUGGAAUGGGCUUAUGUGCACUCCGCUGUCACGCACAAUGACCCUGUGCAAAUCGGGGUUUGCCUGUAAUGACAAAAAUAUGGAUAUAUUUCUCUAGUUUACAAGUGGCACAAUCUUGUAUGUAAUUCAUUGCCUACUUUAACAGAGUUUAAAGUGAAUCUGUAUCCAGUUUUUUAAACUUGUAGAUCAGAAAGCAAUUCUGAAGUUUCAGUCUUAGGCUCUUUUUGUUCAUGAUUAUGCUGUGUUCACUCACUAUGUAGUAAUUAACAAUUGUAUACAUAAUAAUAAUAAAAUUCCUUCCAGUAGCACCUUAGAAUAUCUGAAGAAGUGUGCAUGUACACGAAAGCUCAUACCAAUAACAAACUUAGUUGGUCUCUAAGGUGCUACUGGAAGGAUUUUGUUUGUUUCGACUACGGCAGACCAACACGGCUACCUACCUGUAAUUGUAUACAUGUUCUUCUGUACAAGACAUUAAAAUAAAGAUGGGGGUGGGGAGAGACUUGCCAUAGGAAUAUACCUAAUUUGGAAUGCUAUUCUGGCACCACAGUAUUUCCAGUAUACAGCAUAUAUGGGGCAAAACAACAUAGAUUAGGUUUUAUACUGAAGCAUUUAAAAUUGUUCUCUCAUUUAAUUCAGUUAUUUUGCUACACUGGAAUAUCUGAGGAAGAGUUAAAAAGAGAGAGAAUCUAAUGGCCAGGCUUCUGCAGUUUAAAUCUAAUACAAAUGCAUGGAAUUGGUCUUUCUGAAAGUAUUUCUGAAACAAUGCUGCACAGAGUUAUCAUGCCAUUGACUGGAAUGUAAGAAAGAGCUAACUAGUACAAUUCCCUGGUUGAGAAGCAUUCCACAUUUAAUGAUUUUAUAAAAGGCAUCUAACAUUCUGCAUUAAAAAUAAAUUCUGCAAACUUCUAGUCUUUUCUCAUCUAGUUGCAAAAUAGAUGUCCUGGCUGAUUCAGGAUGUAUUUGGCAGAGAUGUCUGGAGAAAAAUAUGCCUAUUACUAUACAUAGUAGAGUAUUUUAGAAGGUAGAUCGGGUGAGGAGGAAGAAAUAAUAAUAUUCAGAAGGGUAAAAUUUCUGUCUUAAAUACAAUAUAAUCUUUCUAUGUCUUAUUUUUUUAAUAAACAAAUGCUGUAACUUGAGAAUUUAUUAGGAAUAGACCUAGAAAUGUGUUCAUUGCAAAACCAGCUCUGAGGUUCUCAAACUCUGCAUAUACUAGUACUAGUUGCUUAGCUUUUGUGCAUUGUAAUCAGUUAUGCCGAAUUCUAAAUUUAACAGUACACUUUAAACAAAUGCAAAUAGUAUUUGUGUUUCAAAACAUAAGCUAAUAACAAGCACACGUUAAACAAUUAAUAGUGUAAAUGAUUGUAUACAUAACCAUUUUCAUCAGCGGAGUUUCAAGGGCAGUCAUUUUUUAAAAAUAGGUGUGACAGUUUUCUAAUUUGUGUACUACAUGCUUUCAGAAGAGCUGAGUAACUGGCAACCAAGCAUAGACAACUGCACAGUGCUUGAUAAAGGCUCUUGUGUGGGUUAGGUUAGUAUAAGUUUUACCUAAUGUCUCAUUCUUUGUGUUGAGUUGGCAACAUGCCGAUUUGGUUUCACACCAGUGAGCAUGCUUAUUAAAAGCAGUUCACCUUUGUACCUUAUAGGCAUUCACCUUAUUUAUGGCAACACUUUUUACUUCUGGUUUCUUGCCAAAAGUUUUUCACUGUUCUAAACUGAUUGGUUGAUGUCAGAACAAUAGUGCCUUUGUGCUGAAGGAUAUUGCUUAAAAGAAUUUAUUCAAGGGUUGUUGAGAGGCUAAACAGUCAUGCUGCCUGACUAAGUUUAUAAAGCUCAGACUUUAUUAUUUCCCAUUUUUUGCAUUUAUUUAUCUCAAAACUAGUGUUAGAAUUGCCAUGCCAUAAACUCCUUAUUGUAUUCACCUAUUCAAAACAAGUUAUAGUUCUUUGCCUGACGUAGCAGUUACAUUGCCUUUAUUUAGAAUGUGUCGUCAUACAUCAGUGGAUCUAUUCACAUGUCACAUUGGGUCAUAGUUAGUCCAAGACAAACCAUGUCUUACCCUGAAUGAGCAGCAUACUGGUACAUGCUGCUCAAGUUGUCCCUGCCCCACUGCUACCUUUGCCAAGUAAGAAAGAAAAAACAAAUCAGUAUACCUGAAGGAACAUCUUCACCCCCAUCAUUCAGCCCGGACACUGAGGUCCAGCUCUGAGGGCCUUCUGGUGGUUCCCUCACUGCGAGAAAUGAGGUUACAGGGAACCAGGCAGAGGGUCUUCUCGGUAGUGGCACCCGCCCUGUGGAACGCCCUACCAUCAGAUGUCAAGGAAAUAAACAACUAUCUGACUUUUAGUAGACAUCUGAAGGCAACCCUGUUUAUGGAAGUUUUUAAUAUUCUGUUGGGAGCCGCCCAGAAUUGCUGGGGAAACCCAGCCAGAUGGGUGGGGGUAUAUUAUUAUUAUUAUUAUUAUUAUUAUUAUUAUUAUUAUUAUUUAUUAGCACUAAGCCAAGAACAAACCUUAGCUUCCACUCACUGUUUAGAAACAGACCAUGAGUACUGGCUCACGUGCAGCACUAAAGCAACAUUCUGAUUUGCUUCUUCCUGGUUCAGUAAGGGGAGGAGUGGGAUGAGCCUGAUUUGAGCUAUGUGCACAUACCAAUACAUUUUUUCAUGGUAAGCCAUAAUUUCUUUCAAGCUAUGACUCAGAAUGACAUGCGAACUAUGCCAAUGAGUUUCGAAAGGUAGACCUGGAAAAACAGGAAACAUUUAUUUGAAAGGAAGUACUGGUAAUGCAGAAAGGAGUUGCUGAUAAAAGGUUAAAACACAACCUGCUAUAAUAGUUUCCACAAGAGGUUGUGAGAACUUUAUUUUGCACAUUCUUCAACUGCUUAUUUUCUGUAAGAGUAACUGUUGCUCAGCUAGUAUAUUUUCUUCAUAAAAGGCUUUUUAUGUCCAAGACUAUCAAAGUGUUUAUCAAUAGACUUCCUUCAGCUAUGUAGGUAUUACAUUGCUCCAAUUCUGUUUAGAAACAUGGAAUAUACACCCAGAUAAGCUGCAUAACGUAGGUAUCUUGGUCUCUGUUUCCAGUGCUGCACAGCAUUUUAAAAAUUAUUUCCUGACAAGGGCAUUGUCCUUUCAAAAUGAAGCACCACGUCUGCAUCUUUUUGGGAAUAUGAAAAUCUCAGUGUAUACAUGAGUUGCUGUUCCUUAAUUCUUAAACUAAAACCUGAAUAAAAGAAGGUUUUAAAGCAGAAGAAUCUUUGACUUUAUUGAAUUUAACAUUUUAGUUACAUUGCUAUUGAAGGGAAAACUGCUACUCAUAAAGACAAACAGUAAAUGAACUUUCAACUUGGACUGAAGUUGAAGACUGGGGAAAUUGUGUUCAUAACAGCAUAUUUAACUUUAACCUGGGUUAAAAAUUCUCUUACUGGUGCUAUCUUGGAAUAAGUGCAUUUCAUUCAUUUCUUGGUUUCAGGUACAUGCACUACUUAUUCCUCAAGUAAAUAUUCUUUCAGCUCAACUAUUGAGGGAUGUACUUGGAGAUUCUUUCUAAUAUAGGAGUUGAUAGUAUUUGCAUAACUUCACAUUUCCAGAUUAAUUUUAUUUAUUUAUUUUAUUCCCAUACUUGUUUACAUCUUAGGCCUUUCCUGGGUGUACCCUGAUCCUCAGGAGUGGUUUGGGGGCAUACAGGGUAUUGGAGGGGGGCAUGGACUUCCUUAUGUUGAAUACAACCCAUUGUGUUUUGUUAGUAUAAUUUGCUGACUUCUGUCUACCCAAAUUCAUUCUUGACUUUUUCUUUUCCAGCCCUCAUAAGCUAUUGCCCUCCCUCACACCUUUCUUCAGUGCAAGAAGAUGGUUGCUAGGGAUCUAAUUUCUAAUACAUCUGAGAUGCUGUCUAAUGUCAAUUAACAUCAUUUUGCAUUGCUGGUUCUCAAGGAAAGCAGUGCCAUUUCCUUACAUACUGCCUAAUUCUUAGGUGGUCAGUUCUAGGUGAAAUGUUCAAGAUACCCCAGCCCUUGUGCCCCCAACCCCCUUUCAGGUGGUAGUUGUACCUGGUGUGACAAAGCAAUUCAGAAGGAGAAGGCAGACAGUUUUUUCAGAGAUGUAGGCAUGCUGAAGCUUAGAACUUAAGUUACUGCAGAAGCAGAUGGUUUUUUUGUUUUUACUAUUCCCUUCCUUUUAUAGCUUCCCUAACUAGGAACCUUCCAAAACUGUGGAAGAUGGCAUAUUGUGGGUGGGGGGCUACAAGGGGAAAGAGGACUAAGUGAAAAUCACAUCAUUGCACCAGCAGUAUCCUCUGAUGGAUUGUAAGACAACUCAGGAUUCAAGCCUAUCUCUCUGCCCACCCUGCAAGCUUAAAGUUUAAUCAUAGAAACAUAUCUGGUUGUAGUCGUGUCCGACUCUUCGUGACCCCAUGGACCAGAGCAUGCCAGACACUUCUGUCUUCCACUGCCUCCUGCAGUUUGGUCAAACUCAUGCUGGUAGCUUUGAGAACACUGUCCAACCAUCUCGUCCUCUGUCGUCCCCUUCUCCUUGUGCCCUCCGUCUUUCCCAACAUCAGGGUCUUUUCCAGGGAGUCUUCUUUUCUCAUGAGGUGGCCAAAGUAUUGGAGCCUCAGCUUCAGGAUCUGUCCUUCUCUCACGGAUGAUUUCCUUAAGAAUGGAGAGGUUUGAUCUUCUUGCAGUCCAUGGGACUCUCAAGAGUCUCCUCCAGCACCAUAAUUCAAAAACAUCAAUUCUUUGGCGAUCAGCCUUCUUUAUGGUCCAGCUCUCACUUCCAUAUAUCACUACUGGGAAAACCAUAGCUUUAACUAUACGGACCUUUGUUGGCAAGGUGAUGUGUCUGCUUUUUAAGAUGCUGUCUAGGUUUGUCAUUGUACUAACCUGAUCUUUAAAAAUAAUGAUGAGUACAGCACUUUUAUAUGUGAACCAACUGCUAAUUAUACUCACAAAACUAGUAAAAUAAAUAAUAAUAAUAAUAAUAAUAAUAUAUUUAUUCCCCAGCCACUCUGGGCAGCUCCCAACAGAAUAUUAAAAAUGCGAUAAAACAUCAAACAUUAAAAACUUCCCUAAACAGGGCUGCCUUCAGAUGUUUUCUAAAAGUCAGAUACAGUAGUUAUUUCCUUGACUUCCCUCUGCCUGGUUCCGUAUACAGUAAUGUCACUUACCUCAGUGAGGGAACCGCUAGAAGGCCUCUCGGAGCUGGACCUCAGUGUCCGGGCUGGACGAGGGGGGUGGAGAUGCUCCUUCAGGUAUACUGGGCCGAGGCCGUUUAGGGCUUUAAAGGUCAGCACCAACACUUUGAAUUGUGCUCGGAAAUGUUAGUUUUCUGUUUCCCCCAAGCACUGGUAAAAACAAACAGGAAAUAGGAUAAGCAUACCUCUAAGAAGAGAUACUUUCUAGCAACAGAUGUGUUGUGCUGUUGGCAAUGCUUUUGUGUGAUGGUGGCUGUGAGAGUCAUACUAGUCCAUUUGUAGUAUCAGUUACCCAGGAAUCUGCCCAGUUCCCAUAUUGGGUGACAUGUCGUGGCACAUGAGAUUUCUCAGUUCUCUCCUCCCCCCUCCCACCUCACGUGCGCCCAAUCUCCUCCAGAGGGUCUCCCAACUCUCUUUUUCCAGGACACGUCCUCUUUUUCAUGGGGAGAGUCGUCAUAGCAAUCCACAGUUAAAAUUAAAAGUCAGCAAAUGUGUCCUCCUUUUUGCUCUUCAAACUAUGGCAACCCUAGAAUACCCUUCCUGUCUAGCAUUUGGAUCCUGAGUCUUUGAAUGUGUUAGUACUUGACAGUGUAUUUGAUUUCACACAUGGCCUAGAACUAGGACUAGGUACUGCUACUAAUUAUACAAUUGAAUGCAUAACACAUACCUUUUAAAUAUUAAAAUCCCUAGCACACGCAAGCUGGAAAGUUAUUCAACACUAGUACCUAAUCCACCAUUCCAUUGUCUGUGUUCCCCUUAAUGUAACAUCUAGCUAUAUAAUGGUCUUCACUUAGAAUUGCCAUAAGAUCUGUGCAUAAUUGCAGUUUAAAAUAAACUUCAGGUUGCAGUACUAUACACUUACCUGGGAGUAAGUCCCAUCAAACUCGAAGAGAAGCACUUCUGAAUUCACUUGUGUAGAAUUGCAUUGUUAGUGUAUCAGAUAUAAUUAGCAUUGGUAUCUUGUGCUAAAGCCAUAAGAAACAUUUUUUUCCGUAACAGUAGUUUUCAAAAAGGCCAGUAAUAGCAGACAAGGUUGCAUGAAGAACUGUUUUCCUGCCACUGCUGGGCUUCCCCUGCAAUCUGUAGCCACAAAGUAGGGUGUGUUCUGAGUAUAUGCAGAAAAGCAGGUGAGACCCAUUGAGUCAUAUAAAUGCCCCUCAUGAACUGAGUGUGCAACUUUAAAGCAUGAUCCAAAAUACAACUUUCUAAGAGUUGAAACUGAUGGGAUUCAUAUUGAUGUCCUGUGGCAUAUGGGAAAGGACCUUGAUUAAUUUUGGGAGCAAAUAUAUAAUCAAAUCAUUGGAUGAAGUAUUCAGUUGAGGUUGUAUUCAGCUAAGAUUUACUUUGAGUAGACAUUUUGAAAUUAAUGAAGCUAACUUGGUCGUUCAUUAAUUUCACUAGGCCUACUCUGAGUAAAACUUGAUUUAAUAUUACCCUUGGUCCUUAGGGACUGUAUGCUAAGCAGAUGUGGUACUACUACCGGAAAUACGAAGAAACGACUUAUAAUCAUCUCAGUUAUAAUCAAUUCUAAUACUUUAUUACAGGCAUCCCCAAACCCGGCCCUCCAGCUAACAGGACCAGUGGUCAGGGAUGAUGGGAAUUGUAGUCCCAAAACAGCUGAAGGACCGAGUUUGGGGGUGUCUGCUUUAUUAUAAUUAAUUUUCUUAAUUAAAAAUCAGUAUCUAAAUUCAAUUAAGCAGUGGAUUAAGGCUUAUCUGUCUCUCCUUAAAGCACCUUUUGCUAUAAUAACUGAAUGAAAUCCAUGGAAAAACAUUCUUCAGCUUGAGUUGCAAGGUGUUGGUAGGACUAGUUUGCUGUUAAACCACUUGUUAGAAGUGUCUUCCAAUGUUUAAAUACGUUACUUAUUUAGUCUGUUGCCAGCCAUUUUACCUACUCUUGAUGAGGGGCAAGGAAGGGAGCUUGUGGAAUGGUAUUUGUUUUCAGGAGAUUAAAACCAGGUCAUUUGGCCACGAUCCCAAUAUUUGGCAGCACUAGGUCCACUGGCUGUUUGCCUUUCCUCAUUCUUUUUAUUCUAAUAUUCUGAAACUCAAGAAGAAGAAAAAUGUAACCUAGAAUUACACAUUGACUAAAGAAUUGCAAGUGCAUACCUUAAAAGUCAUUGACAGUUCUUUGGAAAGCUCUGAGUUUUGCUCUUCUAGUGCUAACUUCUUUGCUAAAAGUCCUAGAGCUAAGGAUGUUCCGGUUGAGAACCAUGUGUCACAUUUAGUGGGCUAUAUAAAAUAAAGCGCAAUACAGACAUGUGCAGCUACCUUGUUCCUUGAAUCCCUUUUUUCUUGGACUAGGCCAGCCUGUGUAAGUUCCAUUUAGCAGAUCAGGAGCAAAACAUUACAGAAUGCUGAGAACUAUUUAUUUAGGAGCUCUUAUGGCUAGUGCCAUAUAUGCUGACUGGGCUUAUUUUGUACUCCAAAAAUUAACAUGUACUCCCCCCCUUUUCUCUUCCCAUUUGUACAGAAGAUGCAGACUACAGUGCCUUUGGGAUGGAUACCAUAACAAGGAAGAAAAAUGUCUUGACAAACGUGUUGCGUCCAGAUAACCAUAGAAAAAAGCCUCACAUUGUCAUUAGCAUGCCGCAAGACUUCAGACCAGUAUCUUCUAUUAUAGAUGUAGACAUACUUCCAGAAACCCAUCGCAGAGUGCGGCUUUAUAAAUAUGGAACGGACAAGCCUCUAGGAUUUUAUAUACGAGAUGGCUCUAGUGUCAGAGUAACGCCUCAUGGGUUAGAGAAAGUACCAGGAAUUUUCAUAUCUAGGCUUGUUCCUGGUGGACUAGCUCAAAGCACGGGCUUAUUAGCUGUAAAUGAUGAAGUUCUGGAAGUAAACGGUAUAGAAGUUUCAGGUAAAAGCCUUGAUCAGGUUACAGAUAUGAUGAUUGCUAACAGCCGAAACUUAAUAAUUACUGUGAGACCAGCGAAUCAGAGAAACAAUGUUGUUAGGAAUAGCCGGACUUCUGGUAGCUCAGGACAGUCUACAGAUACCAGCCUUCCAAGUUACACUCCACAUACUGUGCCCAUAUACCACCCUGAAGAAGAGGAAGACAGUGAUGAAGAUGAUAUUAUUAUUGAAGAUAAUGGUGAGCCACAACAAAUUCCAAAAGCGGCUCCUUCCAGUGACAGCAUUGAGUCACUGACACAAACUGAAACCAAUCAUGAAUCUGUGCAGAAUGGUUUAAUUUCUUCCAGAGAAGUAAACUUGUAUUGUUCAACUGGCAGCAUUAACAUGGAGUAUGAAAUCCAGGACUCAGACCCAAAGACUUUAGAAGAAGAUGGGACAAUCAUAACAUUGUGAAACUACAACAGCUUAUUUGCUAAAAAGGCCAUAAGAAUUUUUUUACUUGGCUGUAUUCAUGCAGGACGUACCUCUCAACUACCAUACUCCAAUGACUUUUGAUAUCUGCAUAACGGAUUAGAGCACUCUGCUGUGAUUCACAGGAACUGCUCCAUUUUGAUACCCAGCUGAGAAGCAAGUGUUUUUGGAACACAUACUGAGUGGUUUUGUGGUUCAAGGCAGGACAGCAUUUCCAUGACCUAAAAUUGUGCAGGUCUAUUUUUCAGAAUGUCAGUGUCUAGAAGGAGCCCCACCGUUUAGUUUAUUGUCCUGUGAUCUGGUUCCAUGUAUUGUUCAUGGAACAUGUUUUAAUUGUGGAUUUGAGUAUUGUCAUAUGAGAACCAGCCUGAACCAUUUUUCAACACAAUGUUAAUAAAAUAACCAAACAUAAACUUCAACAAUUUUUGGCCUUCUUACUCCAUACUCCAGACAUGUGAAAUUUAAAUAAUCUGGAAUGUUAAUUAUCGGUACAAUCCUAUUCAUAUUUACUCAGAAGUAAGCUCCAUUGAGUUGAACUCUGCUUACUACAGGCAAGUCGGUAUUGGAUUGCAUUCAAUGAGUUGAUUGACUUCAGUUGUUCUAAAAUUUCUUGAAGCAGUUCACAAAAUCAGAAGGGAGAGAACUGUCCAUUGGAUUUAUUGAUUUGAUAGUUGUGAAGUGUAACUUUUAAAAAAAAAAACUUUUAAACUGUUUUGUGAUCUACUACUGGUGUUGGAGGGAUAAAUCACUGCUAUUUUGUAUGGAUUGGAUAGCUCACUAAAAAACAAGAAGUUAUUUGUCUGAUCAUAUCAUAUAUAGAUGUGUACAUUUACCCUUUUUAUGAGAAAAACUGUGAUCUUGAAAUAUUAUGAUGCAAUCAAGCUCCACAAAAACCAAUUGGAUUUUCCAUUUACGUCAGUGGGAGUUGUACUGUACCCAUAAUGUGAAAGACUUAAAAUAUUGUUCCUUAAUUAGUUCUCUUGGUUCAUGGCAUCCGCCACUGCUGUAACUGUUAUGGAAUGAAUAUAAAAAUGCAAGUGCUAAUGACAGAUUUGGCUAACAUAAAUCUUACUGCUUAUGAAGGUUCUUUUGUAGUGGAACAGUUCCCAAAAGGAGGCAAAUUAUAUAACCACAAAUAAAGCAGUUUAGAACAUUGGUUUUAGUUACUUUCCCCUUGACAAAAUGCUUUCUAUUUAUAGAAUUCUAAGCAAAAGGCAUCCUAAUAUUUAUCCUUUGGGCAUGUGCUUAUUCCUUUUUCUUCACAUAAUUAUGACUGAAGUACAGUCCACUUGAAGAGGGUUCCACAAAUAGAUAAUGUGUGCAAUCAGGUAGCCAUUUUCAUGGAUGCAUAUGUUUGGUACGACUAUGGAUCUUACCGUGGUUCAUUAUAUGGUAGAUAAGGUGUAAAAUGAACUUUUCACUUACACAGAAGCAUGGAAACCAAAACAUUAGUGAAAGAGUUGAAUGUUAAUUUAUUGUGGAAACACACAUAGGGUUGUUGUGCUGCUUAACACAUUCAGUUUGAUUUUUUGAUACUUGUACUGCAAUCAUGUGCAUGAACACUUUGGAUAUAUUAGUGCAAUUACAAACUUAAGAAAAUAUUUUAUUAAACUGUGUUUAAAUUUUACUCCUUAUGAUACUAGCCUCAAUCAGGUAGCUUGUUUUACAGGAUGGAGUGUGUUCUUUAAAAAGCAUAUAUAUCUAUACAUAUCCUUGUAAUGCAUAAAAUAAUCUUGGCUUGAAUUAAUGUAAUUAUACCUAAUAAAAUUAAACAUUGGGGGAUGGGGGAAAUCAAUGAACACUAGAGAGGAUAAGCAAAAGGCCCAGUGUGUUUUGCUAUUAAAAUGACAGGCUGCACUGCAUUUAAUUGCAAAGUAAUGCAGUUGCCAUGAUGGUUUAUCACUACCUUAUUUUUACUAAGCCUUUUAAAAUCAAUUUGAAACAGAAUAAUAGUACAUUUUAAUUAUAUAUAUAUAUAUAUAUAAAACGGUACUGGGCUUCAGUAUAAGUGAAACUAUUAGACUUUCAUAUACUACCUCUUAAACUUUGACAGCUAGCAUCUUGUGGGGGACAAGGUCGGUCUGCUAGAUGAAGACAUGAAGGCUUGGUGUAUGUACAAUUUUUACUUUAAAACCCAGAGAUACUUAAAAUUUUACUACAAGUUCUAAUAUGCUGUUUGCUCUGUAUGUGUGUGUAUAUAUACACGAACAUACAUAAAUGCAUUCUCAAUUUUUGAUUGAAUCUUACAAUGAAUGUGUAUGGACAACUUCACAGAAUCAAAAUUCUUUUGAGGUUUGUAUUGAUAUACAAAAAUUAAAAGAAUUUUUAAAAAAAAAUAAUCAGCAAUUUAAAGACUGAUUUGCCUUUUAAGUGCACCUUAUCUGAAAGAGAGCAGAAUAUGGCUAGUAGUACAGUUUUCUGGAACUAUUUUAUAGUUUCUGAUGAAGUCAAGCUAAACUGUGAAAUCUCUGUUCUUCCACAGCUAUGUUAUUUAGGAUGUUGUUGUGUACUUUUGUGACUUGUGUGUUUUCUAAUUAAAACCUUUAUGCAAGAUGAUUUUUACAUGAACAUGUAUAAUAUGUCAAAUGUCAGUAUUUUUCUUACCACUUUAAUGUAUGAUGUACGUCAAUACCACUAAAUGGACUUUGAUUUUACAAAAAUCAAAUUGGCAUAAGUUGUAUGUUAGUCAUAUUUUUACAGACUCAAUAAUAAAAAACUGUAACUAUUGCUAAUUUU